AUGGCUACAGAGGUGAAGACCCAACAGGCUGAACAUCCAUUGAUGAGUCCAAGAGCUGAGCUGAGACCUGAGAAGAAGCCAGGGCACAGGCCAAGGAGUCAAGGGGACGACGGGCUGCAGAAAGAACUGACGAUCCCAGGGAUCGUGGAUCUUGAGCUGAACCGAGAGGCACUGAGGACCCCGAAGCCCCAAACCUCCACCACCUAUCGCUUUGGCCGCCUCAGCCACCACUCCUUCUCCCGGCACCAUCCCCACCCACAGCGUGUGACCCACAUCCAAGAUCUCACCGGAAAGCCCGUCUGUGUCGUCAGGGACGAAUUCUCUCUGGCCCCCUUGCCUCAAUCCACACUCUUUUCCCGCUGUUUGAUGGGGAUGCCCACCAUCUCCGUUCCUGUUGGAGACCCACAGUCCAAUCGGGACCCCUGGCUUUUUUCUGAGGCCUGGAGGAAGGAGUUAAAGGACCUGGCUUCCCGGGUGGCCACGUUCACAAAGGAGAAUGAGCUGAAGAACAAAGAGCAGAAGGAGGAGCCUCAGCGGGAGCAGGGGGCAAAGUAUUCAGCAGAGACCGGGAGGCUCAUCCCUGCUGCCACUCAAGCCAUCAGCCGCUGCCACUCACGCCACUCACGCCGACAGAACUACCCUUCGGGCAGAGCUGGAGGAGCCCAGACCUUCAUCCUGCAGGAUCAGGAGCUGCUGAUCCUGGAGCUCCUUUGUCAGAUUCUGCAGACGGAUUCGCUGAAUGCUAUCCAGUUCUGGCUACUCUAUGCUCCCCCAAAAGAGAAAGACCUUGCAUUAGGGCUCCUGCAGACAGCAGUGGCUCAGUUCCUUCCCCAGCCCCUAGUCUCCAUCCCAGCAGAAAAACUUCUGAACCGGCUCCAGGAAGCCCAGGAAUCACCUCAAGAGAGGCAACAGCCACCCUACAGCCAAUCCCCGAAGAAGAUGAAGACACCACCUCUACCAAAAAGCGAAAAACCAGAGAAUAUUGGGAAAGCGCAAGUUCUCCAGCUACAUUCAAACCAGAACACGGAAGAGAAAGCGUCAAAGCCGGAGUGCUGA